AUGUCGAAAAUGUGGGAGAUUGACCCUGAGACUAGGAGAAAGGUAGCCUGUUCUUACCUGACUCACCGGGAGCUUGUUUCUGACGGGAAAAUAGCUCCUUGAGAUCCAAAAGAGGGAUGGGAAUAAUGUCUGUUGUGAUUGCAAUGCUCCAGCCCCCCAGUGGGCCAGCCCGAAGUUCGGGGUAUGUCUCUUUUUUUUGGGCUCGCCACUAACCUUCACCGCAAGUAUCACUUGGUCAUGGACUCACAAUUGAUUAGAUUUUUAUCUGUUUGUCUUGUGCGGGUGUUCACCGGUAGUCCUUCUUUCUCCCUCCGCAGCCCACUUGGAGAAAAUCCACAUCUGACCGCUUGUGGGAGAGGGGAGCUGGCGUGACUUUUAGAGGUUUAGGUGUUCAUAUAUCUUUUGUCCGCUCAAUUACUAUGGACUCGUUUAAAAAUGAGGAGAUCAAACGUAUGGAGAAGGGAGGAAACAAGAGAUGUCAAGAAUUUUUUCGGAAGGCGCCCGAGUUUGGAGAGAAUAUGACCAUCGGCGAGAGGUAUGGAAGCUCUUUUGGCGAGGACUAUAAAGAAAAGGUUUGCUUCAAGGCGUUCCAGGCUUUCAGGUUUUGCGCGGCUGAUGCCGUGAUUUAGUUGACAGCAGACAUUGAAGGUCGGGAAUGGGUACGGGUGGAGCGCCAGAAUAAUCGUUCUGCGGCACCACUGUCCUCUGCUCUCCCUGGGUCCCCGGCCUCGGUCGAUGCGUCGAGCAAAGAACGGAACGAAGCCUAUUUUUCUAGGCUUGGGAGUGAAAAUGCAAACCGCUCAGCAGAUCUCCCGCCAUCACAAGGCGGAAAAUAUGCUGGUUUCGGCUCAACCCCUCCACUAGAUAUGUCGACCGGUAACAGCUCUGCACCUAGUCUUGACGAGUUUUCAAGAGAUCCUGUAGGUGCAUUGACUAAAGGUUUCGGUUUCUUUACCACACAAGUAACCAAAACAGCUCAGACAGUCAACCAAUCUGUCAUCCAACCAACCGCGCAAAAACUCGCAGAGGCAGAGCUAGCGAGGCACGCAGCGGCCUUGGGACAGAAGGUUACCGAGACCGGAAAGUACGGUGUCGAGAGUCUCAAUAGGUUCGUGGACAAUGCCGGAGGCCCUCAAUACAAACCUGUCGCCCGAGACGAACCGGAGUACAAAGACUUUUGGGAUAGUUUUGGCGAAGAGAAAAGCGCGCCUACAAGUAUGGCACCCAAGAAGCCUGCCGCUACUGGGACCAUGGCAUUGAAGAGCGGAAGGAAGGAAGAUUCUUGGGAUGAUGAUAAUUGGGACAAGUUUUAG